UUCUUUUCAAGGUUGCUGGAACCUUUGGAAAAGCAAUUCUUGAGGUUGGGAGUGAUGACGAAGGUCCAAGCACAGAGGCACAUGGAUGACCCUGCAAUUAUUCAGGUCCUUGGGCAAAGAAGUCGCAAUGAAGUUCUUGCUGAAAUUUAUAUGACUAUCUUCUUUUCAAGGUUGCUAGAACCUUUGGAAAAGAAAUUCUUGAGUUUGGGAGUGAUGACGAAGGUCCAAGCACAGAGGCACAUGGAUGGCCCUGCAAUUAUUGAGGUCCUUGGGCAAAGAAGUCGCAAUGAAGUUCUUGCUGAAAUUUAUAUGACUAUCUUCUUUUCAAGGUUGCUGGAACCUUUGGAAAAGCAAUUCUUGAGCUUGGGAGUGAUGACGAAGGUCCAAGCACAGAGGCACAUGGAUGACCCUGCAAUGAUUGAGGUCCUUGGGCAAAGAAGUCACAAUGAAGUUCUUGCUGAAAUUUAUAUGACUAUCUUCUUUUCAAGGUUGCUGGAACCUUUGGAAAAGCAAUUCUUGAGCUUGGGAGUGAUGACGAAAGUCCAAGCACAGAGGUACAUCGAUGACCUUGCAAUUAUUGAGGUCAUUGGGCAAAGAAGUCGCAAUGAAGUUCUUGCUGAAAUUUAUAUGACUAUCUUCUUUUCAAGGUUGCUGGAACCUUUGGAAAAACAAUUCUUGAGCUUGGGGGUGAUGACGAAGGUCCAAGCACAGAGGCACAUGGAUGACCCUGCAAUUAUUGAGGUCCUUGGGCAAAGAAGUCGCAAUGAAGUUCUUGCUGAAAUUUAUAUGACUAUCUUCUUUUCAAGGUUGCUGGAACCUUUGGAAAAGCAAUUCUUGAGGUUGGGAGUGAUGACGUAG